GAGCAUCAGCGCGGUGAACUCCAACCGCGCUGUCGUGCUGGAGCAAAAGAGGAAACGAUUUCUCCAACCGGUUAUUACUCCAUCUCUUCAACGCUGAACGAAUACAAUCUACAGUGUAGUUGCAUCACACACUCCAAACGUUUUUCUUAGAGCCCCGAAAUAAGGGGGGUUUUGGUGAAAAAAACCAAAACUUCUGCGAAUGCCGGACGGGCGAUGUGCCGAUGGCCGAGGGGGGCCGUCUGUGGGGCUGCGGCCACUGGCGGAGGGGCGGUGGACUCCUCUCUAGGGCACGCACCGGGAGGCGCUUCGCCCCGGCGCUGACCCGCCUCCCGCGGCGGCCGGACUCGGGGGCGCCGGGCGGGCGGUCUAGGGUGGCGGCGAGCCCGGUGGGGGGCUGCCGCUCCUGCUCCCGCCCCUGCUCCCGCCCCGUGAGGGCGGCGCGCUGUUGACAGCGUCACCUGCCGGGCCCCACCGGCCCCUCCGAGCGGCGACUCCCGGCGGACGCCCCGGCGAGGCGAGACGCGCCGCGGGGGGAGCGCUUAGGGGCGCGGCACGGCGGGGCGGGACGGGGCGGGCUCUUCCGCCCGGAGCAUCGGGCAGGGCUUGGCGGUGGCUGGAUGAGAGCCCAUCCCCGCCGGGCACCGCCGUGCUCGCCACCCGCCCGCUGGCUCUGGAAGAAGGACGGCAGAGCAUGCCAGCGGCAGGGCGGUUCCGCAGGGACUGACAUGCUGCUGAAGGAGGGAGGGCGCCAGCCCCUCCGCCUCUCCCCGCGGUAACGGAGGCGAUGCUGCAGAGCUCUCCCCGGGCUCUCCCGCAGGCGCCAGGCUAUCGCCCUCAGCACCCGCGCUCGCUGCCGUGAGCGGCGCGGUCCCGGCCGGGCAGGGGCGACGGGCGGCGCGGGCCCGCACCCUCCUCGGGGCGGCGGCGGCUGCGAGGGGAGGCGCUGCCCGCGCCCGCGGGGCCCCGCACGGCGGGCGGCUCCGCUCGGCCCAUGCGUGUGCAUGAUCUCUGCACCGAGCGGGCGCAGGAAGCGCCCCCGCUCCGCCGCCUCCAUCUUCCAGGACAGCAGGACCUCGCCGCACGGCCGCGACAGUGAACGGCGGGGCAGCGGCUCCGACAGCGCCUACCAGACCCAGAGAGCCCUGGAUGACUGCAAGAUGCUUGUCCAGGAGUUCAAUACCCAGGUGGCUCUAUAUCGAGAGCUGGUCAUUUCUAUUGGGGAUGUCUCAGUCACCUGUCCGUCUCUGCAUGCGGAAAUGCACAAAACUCGAACCCGAGGAUGUGAGAUGGCCUAUCAGGCUCACCAAAAACUAUCAGCAAUUUCUGGCCCGGAAGAUGGUGAAAUUCAUCCUGAAAUCUGCAGACUAUACAUCCAGUUACAGUGUUGCUUAGAAAUGUACACAACGGAAAUGCUUAAGUCCAUAUGUCUGCUAGGAUCACUGCAGUUUCAUCGGAAAGGAAAAGAACCUGGUGCCCCACCCAAGAUCCUAGAUACUAAAGUGGAGGAGAGCUCCGAAGUACCCUUUUUAGAAGACACAUCAUCAUCACCAACAGAUAUUCAACAGCAUUUAUGGCAGGUUUCCACAGAUAUUGAAAACACUGAAAGAGAUAUUAGAGAAAUGAAAAACCUUUUAAGUAAACUCAGGGAGACUAUGCCUUUACCACUGAAAAAUCAAGAUGAUAGCAGCCUCCUAAACUUGACUCCAUAUCCAUUGGUAAGAAGACGGAAGCGAAGAUUCUUUGGACUGUGUUGUCUUGUCUCAAGUUAGAAGAUUAAGCACAGAAGCACCAAGAAAAUCGCAACUUUGAUUAAACCACUAUUAUUUGACCACUGAAAGAUGAACAUUGCUACUCUUGAUUAUAAAGUACAUUUUCUACACUAGCCUAUUCCUUUUUCUCUUCUGCUCCAUCCCCCUUUUCAAAAUAAGAGUUUUAAUAGUUUAAAGUUAUGGUGGUCAUAAAAGAGCUGAGGAAUAGAUCUAGCAUAACUAAGAAUGUUUUUAAAACUUUUUAAAGUAUGUUUUGCAUGCUUAUUUUCAACCACUCAAAGACAUAUGAAUUAUGGUUAAUAGAUAACUUUAAAGGGGAUUUUUAGUGUUUGAACUGCAGCUAAAAGUUUGUGCAUAGUACAGUACUCUUAUUAGUAUCAUAUUAAAAUACUUGAUAAUAUUCUAACAGUCUUUACGCGUAGAAAACUAUUUAACAGCAAAAGUAUUAAAGUUCUAAAACAUUUAAACAACAUUGUAACAGAAUUUGCACAAAACCUCCAGUUGCUUUUUGUGCUCUCAUUCAUAUUUAGUCUUCCACUAUAUCUCAAUUUAAAAGCUUCAUAGAAAAAUAUCUUAAUUUAUGACAUACAAACCGUAUAUGAAAAUACUUAGAACUUGUAAAUACAGAGAAAUCAUAAUACCUACACACUGUACAAUGCAUAGAAGCAACAGAUUUCCUUUUAAGCUGAUAGUAUCUCUACAAGCUUUUUGGGGGGGAGAAAUAAAUAAUUUAUUAAAAGAAGAGUAUUAAAAAAAACCCAACAAUGUAAAACACAACACCAACCCAUUUUGUUUUCAAUAGAAUUCAAAGCAUGGUGUCUGCAUAUAACUAAGCAUUAAUUCUUAUAGGGCAUGCCAGAAUUAUCUGAGACUGUAAGAUAUUAAACGUUUUACAUUGUUAAUAAAGUUUUUUAUUUAACUUAAAUGUUGUCUUGUUUCUAGUUAUAUUGCCAGAAUAUGUCUUUUUUUCUAAUUUUGUUUUGACUACUACGCAAAGUUUUGGUCAUUUUUCCAUUUUAAGAAGUAUAUUUAUAAAGACAGAUAAAAAAUUAUGAUGAAUAUGUAAAUGCUAAAAUGACAGCUAGUAGCAGCAGUAGAUAUUAAUAGGUCAUACUUACUGUACUGAUACUUUAGGAUGAUAGGCAAGACACCAGCACUAAUCUCAUGCUAGACUGUAAUGCUAUGAAGCCCAUAACAAUCUGUAACGACGGUACAAAGCAGGUCACCAUAACCUUGUUAGUAAUACAUGAAGAAGGUGACUGUGAGCUGUUCUGCCAUUCCACCAUGACCCAGCAUAACCCAGAACCAAAUUCUUUUUUCCUGCGUAAGGGCAUAGUGAUGGGUAGACAGGUAUUAUUUUCUUGCCACAGGUAACACCUAUGCCGUUAAAUUCUCCAUCGGACUUUUUUGGUAGGAUAUUAGUAUGCUACCCAAAGCAGUUUGUUCAGUUUUUUCGGGAUAUCUAUUAAUUGAACCUACAAAGUUUGAUCUGACUGAUUUUUCUACCAAGUUUUUCUCCUGAAAUGCUGUUUGCUAAGAAAGGAAGGAAACACCCACAUCAUCAGAAAUAUUAGUGUAUCGUCUAUAGCAAGGACCAAAAAUUCAGAUCUAAUUCCCAAUUAGAGAAGGCAGGAACUUUUUUUCCUAAAAGAGCCACACUGCUCCUGUUUUAGACAUUCAUGUAACCGAGCUUCCAGCAUUUCUCUGGAAGGACAUUUUUUUUUUUCAGUCAGAUAAACCAGAGUGUUUCGGGUUUUUUCCAUGUUGGACUGAUCUGUUCACCUUUCACCUUUCAGUACCCCAGACAGAAAAUAUAUUUUUUUUAUACUUGGGCCCCCAAAUAAAUACUUUAAAUGCAACAAGGGCAAAUAAAUCUAAAAUGCCCUUAUGGAAAUUGUGUCUUUUCAUGCAUGACUAUACUCUUUAAAUAGCACAGAAAAAGGUAACUUCAGUAUCUUACAAGACGUCAGGUCACAAAUUAUUCAUGGCAUUUAACAUGGGGAGAUCCCUAAAACUCAAAAAACUGUGCUUGUGAGCAUGAAUGCAUUUUUAAGAAGAAUGGAAUCAAAGUCCACAGCAUGACGUUUUUUCAAAGUUAUUUCUUUGACAUUUUCCUCACAUCCCUCAUGAACUAUGUCCACACUAAUCAGAUCCAAGUUCCCUGUAAUUGGUUAAAGUACGUCCAAAAGAUGGCAGCACUAACAGGUUUUCAUUAAAAGUCUACAAACCAAUACGCUUGCUCUGUGGCUCCAUCCCCACAGAUAGGCUUGGUUUUUCAAAUGUUAAAACUUUGGAAAAAUUACUCCUGAUGUCUUAUGGCUAUUAAAAAUAUUGCCUGGGAAAACGAUCUGUAAUUACAAUUAACAAAUUAAUUUUGGUUUAGCAUAAGUUAAAUAACCAGACUGAUACUACUUUAUUAAUUCUGAAGACAUUAAUGCCAAAAAAACAGUGUAUGAACACACAACUGAAUAUGCAGUGAUGCUACAAGAGAAAAAGAGCAAAAGAAAAUGUCACACAAGAGUUCUUUUAAAAUCUUGUUAUAUUGGUACGCACAGAAAUUGGUGCACACACUGUAUGAAGUCAGUAUGAUGCCUUUUUCCAACAACUAGUCGCAAAGGAAGAUGGGCAGAUUAAGCAGGAAGUGUCUAGUGCAGUACCCACCCACGUAUCAUCACAUGGAAGUUAACAUGCCAAGUUACAUGAAGCUCAUGUCUCUGUAUUUUUACUGCAUCUAUUGUAAUGGAAUAUACAUUAGUGACACAAAUGUAUACAUGUUAAUUAAUUUUGCAAAGCUUUUGACAUCACAAUGAGUUGCACAAAUUUAGCACAUUCUGUGAAAGAAACAGAUCUACCUAUAUUGUCUUUAAAGUCCCUUUUGGUUGUUUUAAAAGUGUACAGUAAUAUGCACAUCCUUGUACCUCUUGUUAUUCUGGAAAAAUUAGUUGUGUCUCUUCUUCCUGAACUAAAGACUAAUAAAAUUUCAGUCUUUGCUCA